GACUUCCCACUGGUACUACCCUCACUGGGAAUGGAGUAUGAUUAGUCAUGACAUGCUGGUCUGUGUCUUGUUCUCAGUUGGAUGUUAAAGACUGGCCUGUCACCUGGAGGAAGUGUUUGUAUUCAGAAGAGUUGAAUUCAUGAAGAAAUUUUUUAAAUACCAAAAUGAACGGAGUGUCUAAAGCAGACAGCAAGAGGGACAGUGAUGAAAAUGGCCAAGCACAGAACCGCAGCCUCCCACAGACUAGGAACUACUAAGGGACUGUGAAUUUGUGAAUUAUUCUUCGGCUGAUGUAUUUGUCCAGGCAUUUGUGGUUUAGUGACGACAUACUGUAGAAAAUAGAGAAUGCCUUUUUGUCAGCCGAUAACUGGAGAAAAAGGCAGGAACGUAAAAUUUCUCAAAUGCUCUUAUUUCUAAAUGAAUGCAUGUGAACUUCAAGCCACAUAAUGUUUCUUAGCUUCUGUUACUCCGUUGCUAUAAAAUACCCCAAACUUGGUGGUGACUAGAGGCUACAAAGGCUAGAAUACCUAACUGCCUUGAGACGUCCAUUUGAAGGAUGUGAAAGUUCAUGGGGAUGGAAUCAGGCCUAUUUUAUGGCUCUUUUUCAUCUGUUACUUUGGUGUGAGAGAGGGUAUAAAUCUCAGCUGUACGUUCUUUCUUUCCUGUGAAUAGGCAGGACAUAGAAGCCCUUCAGAUGACCAAUUCUCUUGGGGAGCAAUUACUACUCACUGGCUUCCUGAGCAGCUUGAUCAUGUUGUGCUCCUGUUUUCAGCCGGGCUGCAGCCAGGGCAAUAAUUUGAUAAUAACAGACCCUGAUUAAAUUAGGGAGCCAUUUGCUUCUGGAUGAUGAUGUCGAUAGAAGAGUUGGUGUCCACACUGCCUGCUUUAAAAGCCAAAAAAUAGUCUUUAACUACAAACUACCACAAAAAGCAAAAAUAAUCAAAAGCAGCAUAAAGUUUGCUUUCUUUUCCUUCAUUGUUACAUCUCAGAAAGGGUCCGUUCAUUGUUUGCUGAUAACUCAACUGGCUCUUUUUGUCUCACAGUCAACAAGGAGUUGAAGUCAGAAGUGUGCAUGUUAGGUAGGUGACUGUAUGAGUCUCUAAACUGCUAAAUUCUGUAAAUUAGAAUCAAGCUAAUGGAAGCUCUUUGUUGUCUACGCUUCUGGUUCUCACAUACAUAUAUCUCACACUUACAUUUUUUUUAAUAAGGUAUCACUGAUACACACUCUUACGAAGGUUUUACAUGAAAAACAUUGUGGUUACUACAUUCACCAUAUUAUCAAGUCCCCCCCAGGCCCCAUUGAAGUCACUGUCCAUCAGUGUACACACUUGCAUUUUUUAAAGACAUAGCUUUUGCACUAAUAGAAUGUCAUUUGUAUGGUGGUUCUUCUAGCCUGAGACUGAGUAGAAUGAGGUUGCUCUCAAUGUGAGUUUGUUAGAAAAGGAUUUGAACUAUAUUCCACCUGCAGUGUUUAGAAAAGUAAGGCAAGAAGGGCCAUGAAAUACCCCCUGGUGUAUCACUUGCUUAGCCCAACUAAGUCAGCUUUGUAGGCAGCAUCAGAGCCCUGUGGGCUACAGUGGUGACACAAGCGGAGGGGGGGCUGGGUUACCAGUGCCCCGCCUGGCUUGCAAUUGCCUGUGCGCAGUUCCCCGAUUGCUCAGGGACCACGUGGAGAUUGUGAUUGGUCUCCAGACCACACCUAGUUGGUGAGUGCAGCUGCUGCCUGAAUAUCCUCAGCUUUGCUGAGAUCGCCGGAUUGCGCACAAGUCUACCUUCAGACACUACACCAGAGAAAAACCUUGGAGCUGCCACGGUGAAGGAGUUGUGGAAACUGCUGAGUCCUCGGUCCUCCCGCGCAGGGCGAUGCCGGCUUCUUCCACCAUCCACAUGCUGCAGCUGCUGCGGGAGCUGCUGGCCUUCGUGCUGCUCAGCUACACGGUUCUCAUCGGGGCGCUGCUACUGGCCGGUUGGACCACCUACUUCCUGGUGCUGAAGUGAUAGCGCCGCCGGCCCGCGCCCCGCCCUGCCCCUUUCGGCCUCCGCUGCUCCGCCCCCUCCCGCGACCUGACGGACGCGCUCCACCCGCUAACAAGAGCCUGGCGCCCGGGCCAGGAUGCUUCUCGAGGUGCGACCCCUGCCCCAGUCCCAGAGCCCCUAGCGACAGCCGACUUCGUUCCGCCGGCUCCGCGCCCUCAGGCCUGGG